AUGCCUGGGUCGGAGGAAGAUGCCGUACCUGUCCCAACGGCAUCGAGGGAAGACAACCUCGCAUAUGAUCUCAAGAACAUGGCCGCCUACGACAUCUCGCCCAUGUCUUCUGUCAUGGAUGUUGCAGCCUACAGCCGCGAUUCUGUUCAGCUCCUGAUCAACAAGCUCUUCAUGCUGCCCAGGACGCAGGGUGACGAAGGGACGAUGGUGUCGCUCCCUGCAGAGGACACAUUCCGGCUACCCCGGUCAAAGCCUAUACCGAAGGAGAAGCCGAAGACAAGGUGGCAAAAGUUCAUGGAGGAAAGGAACAUGAAGAAGCGAAAGCGAAGUCGGCUCGUCUGGGACGAGAUCGAAGGGGACUGGAAACCUCGCUGGGGUUACAAGAGCAUCAAGAAGUCUCAGGACAAGGCGAACUGGGUGCACGAGGUUGGCCAACACGAGGAUCCCAACGAGAAUCCCUUUGACAAAGCCAAGGCGGAGCAAAGACUUGUGAAAGCUCGACAGAAGAUGCGGGAAGUUCGAAACCAAGUGGAGGCCGCCGGAGGCAAGCUUCGUGCCUCAGUGCCUGACCUCGUGGGCAGCCAGAAACGAGGGAAGGAUGGGCUAAGGGAGGCUGUGAAACGAGCACAGGUGUCGUCUGCCUCCUACGGCAAGUUUGACAGGAUAGCGCCGAACGAGGCGACAAACUUGCAGCCCACACGCAAGAAGGGCAUUGCGCCCGUCAGCAGCAACGCUGAGAAGGACAGCUACUUGAAGACAGUGGGUCGCGUGCUGUCCGGCGAUGGCUACAUCGACAAGCACAAAGCCGCCAAGGUUGGCGUGACGCGGGAGCGCCGCAACGACGCAGUGGGCCCAAGUGAGAUGCAGUGCGCGCUCGCAAGCGAGCGGGAAGAGCGGGUCCAAGCGGCGCAGCAAACAAGGUCGGACAGGCCGCAGUUCGUGAACAGGUCUGCUCAAGAGCACCUGAUGUACAUACAGGAAAAGGUGAAUCCGGUGUUGGAGGCGCUGGUGACUGCAGUUCUUCUGGAGCGCCCCGACGACCCUUCCUUUUUCAUGCUUAGGUGGCUCUGCGAGCAGACAAAGUCCUUAGAUGGUCCAGAGCAGGGCGGCGGCCAGCGGGCCAGCUCCAUUGCCGAGGAGGCGUCGAGUUUAGCCCCGGGGCGCUGGACAGAAGCGAUCUCUGCCUGUCAAGCCGCAGCCCGGCUUUUUUGCAUCGUCUCCCUUCGGCACUUUCCAUGCUGUUGA